ACGAGACAUCACAAGUUAGGCUUUAAGGAAGUAUGUAUGUACAAAGUCUAGUAUCAGUUUCCAAAAAGAGCUCGGUAUACUUGAAAUAGCCUGGUUCAAUCUAAUGUAGUUUUAUAGCAUCGAUAGAGAGCAGAAGUUCUAAUAGUAACAUGUAACUUCCACCACCGUUACGUGAAGUUGAAUGAGCCGUCCAAUGGAAAUGGACAAGUCAAGUGAUUGAUAAGCAAAAUCCACUCCGCAGAAUGACGCAGAACUUCCGCUGGGAAAUUGGCAUUUGCCAUCUUAUCAAUUAACCCAACCAUGCAGUGAAGUGAACUUUUACUUCCUAGUAACCAUAGCGACCACCAAAAUGCCCUUAGAUGGUGUCAAGAACAUUGUGCUGGUCCUCUCCGGCAAAGGUGGCGUCGGCAAAUCCUCCGUUACCCUCCAACUCGCGCUAGCCCUCACCUUGCAAGGCAAAUCAGUCGGCAUCCUAGACAUCGACCUAACAGGUCCCUCCAUCCCCCGUCUAGUCGGACUCGAAGAUGCAAAGAUCACCCAAGCACCCGGGGGCUGGGUCCCCGUGACCGUACACCCAGCAUCCAUAACUGACGGUGCACAACGGGGCUCCCUCCGCUGCAUGUCGCUAGGAUUCCUGCUGCGCGAUCGCGGCGACGCCGUUAUCUGGCGCGGACCGAAGAAAACGGCCAUGAUCCGACAGUUCCUGUCUGAUGUGUAUUGGGGGGAGACGGACUACUUGCUAGUGGAUACGCCUCCGGGUACGAGUGACGAGCACAUUGCGUUGGCUGAGCAGUUACUUAGAUUGGCGACGACGAAUCCGGGUGCUGCGUCGUCUAGUUUGCCGAGAUUAGCCGGAGCGGUUUUGGUUACGACGCCGCAGGCGGUGGCGACGUCUGAUGUCCGUAAGGAGGUGAAUUUCUGUGUCAAGACGCAGAUUCCCAUGUUGGGUGUUAUUGAGAAUAUGUCGGGUUAUACGUGCCCGUGCUGUGGGGAGGUAACGAAUCUGUUCUCGAGUGGUGGGGGGCAGAUUAUGGCGCAGGAGACUGGGGUGAGGUUUUUGGGGGCUGUGCCCGUGGAUAUUCAGUUUGGGGAGCUGGUUGAAGGGAAAGUGGUUGAUGAGAGUGAGGAUGAAGACGAUGUGCAGCCGGAGCAGAAACAGGACGUGAUUGUUGAUAAGAGGUCGUUGGUGGAGAGGUAUAAGGAUUGCUGGUCCUACUCUCGGUUUGAGGAGUUCGCAAAAACACUACUGUCUGAGAUAGAGGACAGUGUGGGGAAAUAGUCUUUUCGUUCCAUGGUGUCUACGGUUCGUUGUUCAGAGGGCGUAUUCCUAUAUUUAUAUUAUACCACAUUUGCACAUAUAAUUGAAAUAUCCAUUGGUAAGUAUGCACUAAUAUGCUUGAUUUUGUUAUUAGAGAUAACGCUAAAGAUUACAG